AUGGAAGAACUCCUCCGAAAGCUGCAGAAGGAAGCGUCGGGAAACAAGUACAAGGCGAUCAAGGAGAGCUGCACCUGGGCCACCGAAGCUAUAGAAUCUUCAGAUGCUGCUACCAAGAUCCCCCCAUAUCAGCUCAGGGAGAAGUGUCUCCUUCCACUCCAGCUUGCUUUGGAAAGCAAGAACAUGAAGCUGGCCCAGCACGCUCUAGCAGGGAUGCAGAAGCUACUGUCUGAUGAGAGGUUUGUAACCAUGGCAACAGACUCUGAUGACAAGCAGUUGCUUAAUCAGAUGCUGAAUGCAGUCAGAGUGACUCCUUCCCUCAACGAAGACCUGCAAGAGGAGGUGUGGAGGGUUCUGCUCUGUAUAACGUACACCCCUACAUUUGAGCUGAAUGGGAGUUCAGUACUGAAGAUUGCUGAGGUUUGCAUUGAGACCUAUGUCUCCAGCUACCAUCAGCGGAGUAUUAAUACAGCUGUCCGGGCAACCCUUAGCCAGAUGCUUAGUGACUUGACUUUACAGUUACGACAAAAACAAGAUGAAACAAUUGCCAGGAAUAAGAUGUCAGUACUUUUAGGCAGACUCAAUGACAACAUCGGCUGUUUCUCUGAAUGGUGCUCCUGCAAAUACAAGGUAAAAAUUGCUGAUGAGCUUGAUUCUACAGUGGAGUCCCUUUGCGAUGAUGUUGUCUCUGUCUUCACGGUUCUCUGUGAAAAACUUCAAACAGUUAUCAGUGAGAAUCAGCAGUUGCAGCUUCUGUACCUGGAAUGCAUCCUCUCAAUGCUCAGUAGUUCCUCUCCUACUAUGCGCCAGCACAAAGGAUUCACUGACCUCAUCUGGAAGCAGCUGUGUCCAGCCCUCAUAGUAAUUCUGGGAAAUCCAGUCCAUGACAAAACAAUUACUUCUGCUCACAGCAGCACCUGUCUUGAGACUGAUUCUCCUUCCUCAGGGGUCUCUGAUCACGGCCGAGGGUCAGGUUGUUCUUCAACCGCACCUGCCCUUAGUAGUCCUGUUGCCCGGACAAUAUAUUACAUUGCCGCAGAAUUAGUCCGGUUGGUGGGAUCGGUGGAAUCCAUGAAGCCGGUCCUGCAGUCUCUCUAUCAUCGUAUGCUUCUGUAUCCCCCACCUCAACACCGAGUUGAAGCUAUCAAGAUCAUGAAAGAGAUGCUUGGGAGUCCUCAACGGGUGUGUGAUUUGGCAGGCCCCUGCUUCUCUGAACCAGAAUCCAGAAAAAGAUCAAUUUCUAAAAGAAAGUCUCACCUGGAUCUCCUCAAACUUAUCCUGGAUGGGAUGACCGAAGCUUGCAUCAAAGGUGGCAUCGAAGCAUGCUAUGCCUCAGUGUCUUGCGUUUGUGCCCUCCUUGGAACUUUAGAUGAGUUAAGUCAAGGAAAAGGCCUGGAUGAGGAUCAGAUCCAUCUGCUUCUCCGACGCUUGGAAGAAUUAAAGGACGGGGCUGAAACAAGCAGAGACUCCAUGGAGAUCAAUGAUGCAGAUUUUAGGUGGCAAAGACGUAUCCUGUCAUCAGAACAUACCCCAUGGGAUGCAGGCAAUGAAAAAAGUCCUGAUAUUAGCAUUAGUGUUACCACAGAUACUGGUCAAACUACUUUGGAGGGUGAUUUGGGCCAGACUACUCCAGAAGAUAAUUCUGAAAUUCGUAAAAAUUCACUGCAAUCACCAGGUGGACAAGCGGGUAAAGAGAUUCAUUAUAAAGAGCCGGAAUCGGAAACUAUCGACCAGCCAGAUGUUGUUCAAAGGAGCCAUAUGGUUGUUUAUCCAGACAUAACUAAUUUUCUUUCAGUUGAUUGCAGGGCACGUUCCUGUGGCUCCAGGUACAGUGAGAGUAAUUUCAGUGUUGAUGACCAGGAUCUUUCUAGGACUGAAUUUGAUUCAUGUGACCAAUAUUCAAUGGCAGCAGAGAAAGAUUCUGGGAGGUCAGAUGUCUCAGACAUAGGCUCAGACAACUGUUCAUUGGCUGAUGAAGAGCAGACCCCAAGAGACUGUCCAGGUCACAAAUCUUUACGGACUGCUGCCCUUUCUUUGAAACUGCUGAAGAACCAGGAAGCAGAUCAGCAUAGUGCCAGGUUGUUUAUCCAGUCCCUUGAAACUCUUCUUCCUCGACUUAUAGCUCUUCCUAGUGUCGAAGAGGUGGAUUUGGCCCUUCAGAACUUUUCUUCAACUUUUUGUUCAGGUAUGAUGCACUCUCCAGGAUUUGAAGGGAAUACUGGCUUCAGCUUCCAGACACUGAUGAAUGCAGACAGUCUCUACAUGGUUUCUCACUACACUCUUCUGCUUAAUCUGAAGCUGUCCAAUGCAGAUUACUACCGAAAGAAGCCUGCCCAGUGUCCUGUGUUAGUAAAGGAGUUUAUGAAGCAGGUCCAGUCCAGUGGAGUAUUGAUGGUAUUUUCUCAGGCUUGGGUUGAAGAACUUUACCAUCAGGUACUUGAGAGAAAUCUUCUUGGAGAGGCCGGAUAUUGGGGAAGUCCUGAAGAACACAGCCUUCCUCUCAUUACCAUGCUAACUGACAUUGAUGGUUUGGGAAGUAGUACAAUAGGUGGGCAGUUGAUGGCUUCUGCAGCUACCCAGUCUCCUCUCACCCAGAACUGGAAGCCGGACGAGGCAGUUGUGGCAGGUGCGGCUUUUGCCCGAUACCUGCUAAUUGGUUGUUGGAAAAAUUUGAUUGAUACCUUAUCAACACCUCUGACUGGUCGUAUGGCAGGGAGCUCUAAAGGACUGGCAUUCAUUCUCGGAGCUGAAGGAGUCAAGGAGCAGAAUCAGAAGGAGAAAGAUGCCAUUUGCAUGAGCCUGGAUGGACUGAGGAAGGCAGCCCGGCUCAGUUGUGCUUUAGGGGUUGCUGCUAAUUGUGCAUCUGCCCUUGCUCAGAUGGCUGCUGCUUCAUGUGUUCAAGAGGAGAAGGAAGAAAGGGAGACCCAAGAACCAAGUGAUGCCAUUACUCAAGUGAAACAGAAAGUGGAACAAAAACUGGAGCAGAUGGGCAAAGUGCAAGGAGUCUGCCUGCAUACAGCUCAUGUUUUGUGUAUGGAUGCCAUACUUAGUGUGGGACUGGAGAUGGGAAGUCACAAUCAAGACUGCUGGCCGCAUGUGUUUAGAGUGUGUGAAUACAUCAGUACUCUGGAACAUACUCAUUUCAGUGAUGGCACAUCUCAGCCACCAGUACCUAUCACACAAACACAACAGGCCAUAGGAGGGCUCCAUGGAGAAGCUCAGUCGACAGACUCUCCCCAGGAACUCCUGCAGGAGCAAGAAGCUGCUCUGAGCAACAACCCCAUCAUCCAGCCUGUUUCCAUUCAGGAGCUCAUCAAAGAGGGCAGCAAAGGAAGAGCAUUCGAUUUCCGUGGAGGCAGCCUACUGAGCGGAAGCAGUGCAGCCAAGGCUAUUCUUACCCUCUCUACACAAGCUGACAGGCUAUUUGAAGAUGCUGUUGACAAGCUGAAUCUGAUGGCCUUGGGAGGUUUCCUGUAUCAGCUGAAGAAAGCUUCCCAGUCCCAGCUUUUCCAUUCAGUCACAGACACGGUUGAUUACUCUUUGGCAAUGCCAGGCGUAGUAAAAUCUACCCAAGAGAAGAGAGGGGCACUCCAUUUGUUCCGUCUAGGAGGUGCCAUGCUAAGAAUUGUAAGGAGUAAAUCCCGCCCUCUACUGCAUCUCAUGCGCUGCUGGAAUCUGGUGGCACCUCACCUGGUAGAGGCCGCCUGCCAUAAAGAAAGGCACGUAUCUCGGAAGGCUGUCUCUUUCAUACAUGAUAUUCUGACUGAGGUUCUGACAGACUGGAAUGAGCCUCCUCAUUUCCACUUUAGUGAGGCCUUGUUCCGUCCCUUUGAGCGGAUCAUGCAGCUGGAACUCUGUGAUGAGGAUGUGCAGGACCAGGUGAUCACCUCAAUAGGAGAGCUAGUGGAGGUCUGCUCGACUCGGAUCCAGUCAGGCUGGAGGCCCUUGUUUAGUGCACUAGAGACCGUGCAUAGCAGCAGCAAGUCAGAAGUGAAGGAAUACCUUGUGGGAGAAUAUUCCAUGGGAAAAUGCCAAGCUCCUGUGUUUGAUGUCUUCGAAGCCUUUCUAAAUACAGACAAUAUACAGGUCUUUGCCAAUGCGGCCACCAGCUAUAUCAUGUGCCUUAUGAAAUUUGUCAAAGGAUUGGGGGAAGCAGACUGCAAAGAGAUUGGCGACUGUGUGCCAGGAUCAGGAUCCACAUCUACAGAUUUGUGCCUUCCUGCUCUUGAUUAUCUCAGGCGUUGUUCUCAGUUGCUUGCCAAAAUCUACAAAAUGCCCAUGAAGCCUAUUUUUCUCACUGGGAGACUUGCUAACUUACCUCAGAGAAUACAGGAGAGAUCUGCUAGCAGUGAGGAGGGCAUUGAGUGUGUAUUAUCUGAUUUUGAUGAUGAUACAGGCCUUAUUAAUGUUUGGAUCAUUCUGCUAGAAGAGUUGACAACUGCCAUAUCCAACUGCCCCCGUCAGCAUCAACCUCCCACUUUGGAUUUGCUCUUUGAGUUAUUGAGGGAUGUUACCAAAAUACCAGGUCCUGGAUUUGGUAUUUAUGCAGUGGUACAUCUUCUGCUCCCUACAAUGUCCCUGUGGCUCCAUCGUAGUCAUGGUGAUCAUUCUUACUGGGAUGCGGCAUCUGCUAAUUUCAAGCAUGCUAUUGGCCUUUCAUGCGAACUAGUGGUGGAACACAUCCAAAGUUUUAUACAUUCAGAUAUUGGUUAUGAGAAUAUGAUCAAUGCAAUGCUGAAAGACCUCUUCAAGUUACUGGUAGCUUGUGUGGCAGAACCCACAGAAUCUAUCUCAAGAGUUGGGUGUUCAUGUAUCAGGUAUGUACUAGUGACAGCAGGUCCAGUUUUUACAGAAGAGAUGUGGAGGCUGUCGUGCUGUGCAUUACAGGAUGCAUUUUCAGCUACUCUUGAACCGGUGAAGAAUUUGUUGGGCUACUUCCACAGCGGUUCUGAAAACUUCAGCGGUGACGCCUGUGAAGUGAAAGUGGCAGCCCCUUCUCUCUCUCCUAGUGCUGAAGCAGAGUAUUGGAGAAUCCGGGCCAUGGCCCAACAGAAGUAUGCUUGCGAUACUGGGUCAAAGAUGUACAAAACAAUAGUUGUGAGCCUGCUGUCUCACCAAGUCCUGCUACAGAAUUUAUAUGACAUUUUGUUGGAAGAGUUUGUGAAGGGGCCUUCUCACUCAGAAGAGAAGACUGUGCAACAAUUGCCAGAAACAAAAUUGGCUGGCUUCCUCAGAUACAUUUCCAUGCAGAAUUUGGCUGUCAUCUUUGACUUACUGCUGGACUCCUAUCGGACAGCCAGAGAGUUUGAUACAAGGACUGGGUUGAAGUGCUUGCUCAAAAAGGUCUCUGGCAUCGGUGGAGCUGCCAACUUGUACCGCCAGUCAGCAAUGAGCUUCAACAUCUACUUCCAUGCCUUGAUCUGUGCCAUUGUGACUAACCAGGAAAACAUUACUGCAGAACAGGUGAAGAAGAUCCUCUUUGAGGAUGACGAAAGAAGCACUGACUCAUCCCAGCAGUGUUCUUCAGAAGAUGAAGAUAUAUUCGAAGAGACAGCGCAAGUAAGCCCACCUAGAGGGAAGGAAAAGAGACAGUGGAGGGCCAGGCUGCCAUCUCUAAGUGUCCAGCCUGUCAGCAAUGCAGACUGGGUUUGGUUAAUAAAACGGCUUCAUAAGCUGUGCAUGGAAUUAUGUAAUAACUAUAUUCAAAUGCAUCUAGAUUUGGAAGGUAGCACAGAAGAACUCCCAGUCUUCAGAGGAGACCCUUUCUUCAUCCUUCCAUCCUUUCAGUCUGAAACCUCCACUCCAUCUACUGGAGGGCUAUCUGGGAAGGACACCCCUUCUGAAGACGACAAAAGUCAAAUUAGGGACUCUUUUACAGAGACUAUCACUCCUAAAGGAGGGAGCGGAGAUAUGCUGCUGCUUCCACCCUUGAGUCCCAAAACAGAGAAGAAGGACCAAGGCAGGAAAAAAGAAUGGUGGGAGAGCGCUGGCAACAAAAUCUACACCAUAGCCACAGACAAAACCAUCUCGAAACUCAUGACAGAAUAUAAGAAGAGGAAACAACAGCAUAACCUGGCCACUUUUGCCAAAGAGAUGAAAGCUGACAAGAAAGGGGAUUCACUAAGUACACGGGGGGCAGAUUCACCCCUCCCACAAAGGCCACAAAAUUUGGUUGAUCAAGGCCAAAUGAGGCACUCCUUCAGUGCAGGCCCAGAGAUUCUGAGGCAAGAGAAGAGGCCACGAUCUGGGUCCACAGUCAGCUCACUUAAUAUAUCUGUUCGGGAUGGUGAGGCACAAAUACAGGCAUGGACCAAUAUGGUGCUGACCGUUCUGAACCAGAUUCAGUCCCUGCCAGACCAGAUCUUCACAGCCCUCCAGCCAGCAGUGUUCCCCUGCAUCAGCCAGCUGACAUGUCAUGUGACUGACAUCCGGGUUCGUCAGGCUGUUAGAGAAUGGCUAGGAAGAGUGGGGAGAGUUUAUGACAUAAUUGUAUAG